AUGAAGAUCGAUAUGCCAAUUUCGAUGAAGGAGGCGAUGAUUGUCAAAGAAAAUGGAGAGGAGGCCGAGAUUGAGCAACAUGAGGAUCGCUGCCUGUUCCAAGAUGGCCUCGUCGGCAUCUACACCGGCCUGACGAUGGUCGCUGGGGGUCAUUUUGUCUUGCUCGACGAGAACGAUAAAUACAUGGCGUUCGCGUUGGCCGUCUCUUGGAUCAUGUGGCUUGGGCAAGCGAUCUUCAUGUGCUGGUAUUUCAACACCGUCGACCGUACGCUGAAACUUGGCCGAGUUUUUGCGCAUUACGCCGUGAUCGUCGGAUUCUUUACGAUGUUGUUUGUCAUGCUGUCCACUGUGGAAUUGAGCACCCAGGACCAGAUGAUCACAAUGACGAUGGACAAAUAUCGUCUGCUGUACGUCACCAGGUUCUUGGGCUGGAUGAUGUUUGUCACGGCAAUUGCUUUCUUGGGCAUCUACAACCACCUGGGCGUGAAGGCUUUGAACGAUGAACAAAGUGGCUUCGAGCCAAUCGCCGUGCUCGUCGAGCCGACUUCGCAAAAGUGCCAGGCCGAA